UAAUCCUUCUCUUCUCUGUGGCAGCCCCUCAAAUACUGAAAUACAGCCAUCAUGUCCCCCUUAAUCCUUUUCUCUAGACUAGCCAAACCCAAAUCCUGCAACCGUUCUUCACGUUUUUUGUCUGCAGGCCUUUGAGUUGUUCUUCUCUGCACUUUUUCCACAAUCUCAACACCUUUUUUGUAACAUGGUGACCAAAACUGGAUGCCACAUUCUCCAGAAGCCCCCCAAUCACCCUUGUUGCUCUUCGCUUGAGCAGGAACUCCUCAUUCCCCCCUCCCACGACGUCAGUCUAACCUCAGCUGGGGAGAGGGGGGAUCCAGGGGAUGGGGAGGUGGCGAGAACCUGGGCAGGGGAGACGGGCCAGCCACAGGGGCGGGACAUCUGGAGAAUGGGCGUGGCCUCUGCACAGGUAAGAUCCCCUGCACCUGAGGCUCCGGCAGAGCGUUGCGGUCCAGGCUAACUGUUGGGAUUGCUCGCUUUGCACCCGUGCCUGCCAGACUCCCCCCCCCUCUCUCUCUCUCUCUCUCUCUCUCUCGCCAGCCCCAUGAUGCACUCCCAGAUGCCAGUCCAGGCUCUUUUCUGCGCUCUCCUGAUGCUGCCUCUGGGGGUGCCCCAGGAUCGUGUCGAACUGCACUUCUCAGAUGAGCGGGUGCAGAGGGCCGUGGCCUUUGUAGUGCGGGAGUACAACAUCGGCCGACAAGACAUUCCCACCUAUUUUAAGCAGCUGCGAGUUGUGUCCUCGGAAUCACUGGUGAAAUUUCCCAACGUAUACUUUCUUACUCUCGCGUUGGUGCAAACUGCAUGUCUAAAGAGGCCCGGUACCACAAUGGCGUAUAGGAAGGUCCAGCAAUGUCCUAUAUUUCCAGGCAGUCUGCAGGUAAUCUGCUCCUUUAAAACCACAUCCUAUCAUGGGGAUACUAUGAGCUUGGACGACAAAGUCUGCAUUGAUUCUGACACAAAUACGCAAUGGAGUCCCCAAAUUCCCCGUUUCUGAGUUUCUGAAAUUGUUCCUUGACAUACACGGAGGCCUUUCCUGGCGCUUCUGUUUUCUGUAAUUUUCAUCUUUGAGAAGAAUCGACAUUUCAGUCGAUUAGUCUUAAUAAAGCGAUCGUCAUGACGUUCCGUCUUGUCUUCCUUUCUUGUCCCAAUCCCAUCCAGCCUUCCCGUUUUCACGGCGACAGCACAAUGACACCAUGGCUUGUUCAAGGAAGCCUCCAGCCAUUUGGGGUACUUUCCAAACUUCUGGAAAGUUUGAUCCGUUUGACAGUUUUCAAGAACCACAAUUAAGAUUUUUAACAGAAUUAAUACUGUUUAUUUCCCAAACUCUACUCCAAUUGGCAUAUUAUGCCAGUGAACAUGC